GGGCUCGCCACAUAAAAUUUCCGGUCACCGCUCCUCACAGACAGUAUUAUUUACAAGUGGCUCCUGAGAUGAGCCAUCAAGGAGAGAGUGAAGAAGAGAGGCAGCAGAUGGCCGCUCCAGCCAUGGAGGGUGCGGCAGUGACUGCUCUACGUUCGGUUAUGUUCCGAGUCCAACAGGCUGCCGAGAGGUCUGGCCGUAGGUCCGAUCAGGUUAGAGUGAUUGCCGUCAGCAAGACCAAGCCGGUGUCUCUCAUUCGCCAGGUCUACGACGCUGGUCACCGCUGCUUCGGUGAAAAUUACGUUCAAGAGAUCAUCGAAAAAGCACCCCAGCUUCCAGACGAUAUCGAAUGGCAUUUUAUUGGACACAUGCAGAGCAACAAAGUAAAAUCGCUUCUUGCCGGUGUUCCAAAUCUUACCAUGGUUGAGAGUGUGGAUGAUGAGAAGAUUGCUAAUCAUCUUGAUCGUGUGGUAGCAAGCAUUGGAAGAAAGCCUCUCAAGGUUUUGGUUCAAGUCAAUACCAGUGGGGAAGCAUCAAAAUCCGGUGUUGAACCAUCAAGUUGUGUAGAACUUGCAAAACAUGUUAAGCUUGGUUGCCCAAAUCUCGAAUUUUCAGGCCUAAUGACAAUAGGAAUGCCGGACUACACAUCAACACCAGAAAACUUUAGGACAUUGUCAAACUGCAGGAUUGAGGUAUGCAAAGCACUUGGAAUAGCAGAGGAGCAAUGUGAGUUGUCAAUGGGAAUGUCUGGUGACUUUGAGCAAGCAAUUGAAAUGGGAAGUACCAAUGUGAGAAUAGGAUCAACCAUAUUUGGACCACGGGAGUACCCAAAGAAACAGGCAAACUAAGCAUGUUAGAAGUCUGAUGCUCAUCCCCAAAGAGUUACAGCAUCUUCUUAUCAUUUUCUAGUUACUUUUCCUUUUGAUAGCUCAAAAUCAUUUUCUAGUUACUUGUGCAGGAAGAGCAUAGACCUCCAAUAUGACACAUCAAUCCGUAUUCCAUCAUGUUUCAAUCAUAUAUAUUUGUUGAUGUCUUCUUUGCUUUUAGUUUUCAUUUGCAAGGUUGAUAUAGGAAUGGCAUGUAUUUUGUAUUCUGAUGAAAAUCCUUUAAUCCCAAUAUUCCUUAUCUUUUUCCAAAUGCUAUA